AUGAAGUUAACAGAAGAACAAGUUGCACAAUAUAAAAAAGAUGGAUUUUUAAUAAUAAGAAAUUUCAAUACCACUGAGGAGAUUGAUAUAGUUAGAGGUGAAAUGAAAAAAUUAAUUGAUGAAUUAGACACACCAUCAACAAUUUCAAUUUUUACAACAUCAGAACAAGAAAGAAAAGUGGAUGAUUAUUUUUUAGGUAGUGGUGAUAAAAUUAGAUAUUUCUUUGAGAAAGGAUCAAUAGAAGAUGGUAAAUUAAUAGUACCAAAAGAUAUGGCAUUUAAUAAAGUAGGACAUGCAUUGCAUGACUUAAAUCCAAAAUUUGAAGAAUUUUCAUACUCUCAAAAAAUACAUGAUUUAAUUUAUUCUUUGGGAAUUUAUAAUAAAGCAUUAAGUGGUAUUAUGUAUAUUUUCAAGAAUCAAAAGAUUGGUGGUGAAGUUGAUAUUCAUCAAGAUAGUACAUUCCUUCAUACAACACCAUUAACAACACAUGCAAUUUGGUUUGCAUUUGAAGAUUCAACAAUAGAGAAUGGAUGUCUUCGUGGAUUACCAGGAUCACAUACAGAGGGAAUUACAAGAAGAUUCAUUACAGAUCCAAAUAGUGAAAGUGGUUGUUCAUUCAUUAAAUUAGCAGAAGAUAAACAAUAUAAUAAAUCUGAUUUCGUUGCAUUGGAAUGUAAAAAAGGUGAUAUCAUUCUAUUGGAUGGCUCAGUUGUACAUUAUAGUGAACCAAAUACAUCACCAAAUUCACGUCAUGCUUAUACACUUCAUUUCAUUGAAGGUGAUAAUGGUGUAAUUUAUGAAAAUGAUAAUUGGUUACAAUCAGCAAAACCAUUUAGAGUAUUAUAA